UAGUUUAAAUUGAAUCAAGCGCGUUUGUUAUCUUCAACAUCCUGCGCAUGAACAGUUCAUCAGAAUUUGUCCUUUUUGACAUUGAGCGAUUUGAAUUAAAGAAAAAAUUGUGGAUAACUAAUAUUUAUUUCACAUAUAGAUUUUGGAUAAUUAACAGCUAUCCAGUGGGGAAUAGGUUGGCAAAAUGGUAUUGAAGAGUACAGUGGUAAAAACGACCCCCUUUGAAGGGCAAAAACCUGGAACAAGUGGUCUCAGGAAAAAAGUGAAAGUUUUUAUGGAAAAAAAUUAUACGGAAAAUUUCAUACAAUCAAUUUUUAACGCAUUAGGUGACAUAACCAAGGGAGCUACUUUAAUAGUCGGUGGAGAUGGCAGAUACUUCUCAACUCAAGCUGUUAAAAUAAUAAUAAGGAUAGCAGCUGCAAAUGAGGUGAAAAAACUUAUAAUUGGCCAAUUAGGAAACAUAUCCACUCCAGCAGUGUCUGCAUUGAUACGUUCUUAUAAAACACAAGGUGGUAUCAUUUUGACUGCUUCUCACAACCCUGGUGGUAUAAGACAUGAUUUUGGAAUCAAAUUCAAUAUUGAAAGUGGGGCACCUGCACCUGAUUCCUUCACAGAUCGCAUUUAUGAAUAUUCAAAAACUAUUAGUGAAUAUAAGAUUGUUCCAGAUUUAGACUGUGAUGUUUCUGGUCUUGGGCUACAAAAAUUUGAAGUUGAUGGUAGAAGUUUUGAAGUGGAAGUAAUUGAUCCUACAGCAAAUUAUGUUAAACUAAUGAAAGAAAUAUUUGAUUUUGCUAAAUUGAAACAACUCAUUCGUGGUACUGAUAAAAGGAAACCUUUCAAUAUUCUGAUAGACUCAAUGAAUGCAGUUACUGGUGUGUAUGUCCGCAAGAUAUUUGUGGAAGAUUUGGAAGCAAGUCCUGACACUAACGUGCGUAGAAUAAUACCCUUAGACAAUUUUGGGGAAAUUCACCCAGAUCCUAAUCUAACUUACGCUAAAGAAUUAGUUGAUAAACUCAAGGAGAACCCCUCUUAUGAUUUUGGGGCUGCUUUUGAUGGUGAUGGUGACAGAAACAUGAUUUUAGGCAAGAAUGCUUUCUUUGUUACACCAAGCGAUAGUUUAGCAGUCAUCGCAGAUAACUUAGAAUGUAUACCUUACUUUAAGAAACAUGGAGUUAAAGGAUUUGCUAGGAGCAUGCCUACUGCAGCUGCUGUAGAUCGAGUUGCUAAAGCUUUGAAUAAAGAAAUUUUUGAAGUUCCAACUGGAUGGAAAUAUUUCUGUAAUUUAAUGGAUGCUGAAAGAUUGUCUCUUUGUGGUGAAGAAAGUUUUGGUACAGGAUCAGAUCACAUAAGGGAAAAAGAUGGUAUUUGGGCUGUCUUAGCUUGGCUUUCUAUUAUUCAGCAUAAGAACCAGUCAGUUGAAGAAAUAAUGAAGGCUCAUUGGGCAAAAUAUGGCAGAAAUUACUUCACAAGGUAUGACUAUGAGGAAUGCGAUGGUGAUAAGGCUAAAGCAAUGAUGGACGAUUUAGAAAAAAAGAUAAAUUCAGGGGAAUUAGUAGGAAAAACAUUUGAUGGGGCUGGUAAGACUUAUAAAGUGAAGUUAACAGACAACUUCUCCUACACUGAUCCUAUAGACAACAGUAAAGCUUUCAAACAGGGUAUAAGAGUCAUCUUUGAAGAUGGUUCAAGACUCAUUUAUAGAUUAUCAGGCACAGGUAGUAGUGGAGCUACAAUAAGAUUGUAUAUAGAAAGUUAUGAAGAGAAGAAUACUGCAAAGGAUGCACAGGAACAACUCAAACCAUUGGUACUUAUUGCACUCGAUAUUUCCAAGCUCAAAGAAUAUACAGGACGUGAUGAACCAACUGUUAUAACAUAAACAAUUCUACAAAAAGAUAUAUUUGGAUCUUCAAACCAUUUCCCAGAGAUCCACUUAUAAAAUCCAAGUUCCAUUUUAUACUCGCCUAAAAAUCAAUGUUUUAUGAUAUAAAUACAUACUCUUACAAUAUGAUAUUGCUUAUUGUUCAAAUUGAUAUUUUUUAUUCAAAGUUUCUCUUCUACUUGUUCUGGUCCAUGUAUUUUGUAUUUAGUUAAAGAAAUAUAUAAUCUGUUGAGAAA